UCGUAACCCCAUCACACACAAGUAGUAGACACACAAGUAGUAGACACAUAAGUGUCUUGGGUACGUUUGGAUUUUUUUAAUCAGUAAAAAAAAUUAACGGAGUUGUAAAUAUUGUAUAAGAUAUAACACCUAUUGAGCGUAUCAAUAUCAUCAUUAAUAAAUAGUGAUAAUCGUUCGAUUAUCACGUGACCUUGUGGACGACCUCUGACUUCAAAUUGUCCCAACGUGUAGUUGAUUGUUAAUCACAAUCAUCACCAAAUAAUUGUCUCAAUUAAUAUAAAUCUUACACUUAAUAUUAAACAGUGGGGUUUUGUGAUAAUUUACAAUAAAUUUUAUUUAAAAACACUGAGAUAAUAAAUUAAAGAAAAUAAAAUUUGAAAAACGACUUUAAAAUGUUGCUACGAACGACUGCUCAACUCCGUAAUGAUUUGGCUCGUGUCACCCUACGUAAUUCUAUUCGUACAAAUGUCGUCAGAUGUUUAACCACACGAUGUCUUCACAGAAGAUCACUCCAAAGGUAUCAAGGAUCAGGUGGAAAAUUUUCAGUUGAACCAUGGAGACAACAAUUUAGGUACUAUGCUGAUUAUCCAGAUCAUAUUAAAGUAGCUCUGCCUGCAUUAUCACCAACUAUGGAAACAGGAACUAUUAUUAGUUGGCAAAAAAAAGAAGGUGACAAAUUAAACGAGGGUGAUCUGUUAGCUGAAAUAGAAACCGACAAAGCAACCAUGGGCUUUGAGACACCAGAAGAAGGUUAUUUAGCAAAAAUAAUCCAACCCGCAGGAGCUAAAAACAUUGGAAUCGGUUCCCUUGUGUGUAUAAUUGUGUCUGACGAGGGAAGUGUAGCAGCAUUUAAAGAUUUCAAAGAUGACGGAUCAGCAGCUCCAGCUCCUAAGGCUGCUCCUGCAGCUGCAGCACCUCCUCCACCUCCACCACCAAAAGCUACUCCUAAAGCAGCCGCACCACCACCUCCGUCAAUUCCUACUACUGCUGGAGACAGAGUUUUUGCGAGUCCUUUGGCUAAGAGGUUAGCUGCCGAACAAGGAUUGAGUUUCCAGGGAUUGAGAGGCACAGGAUUGUUCGGGUCAAUAACAGCUAAAGAUUUAGGAGGAGCAGGGCCUGCAAUGUCUGCUGGUACAGCUCACGCCGGUGGUAUGGACAUUCCAGUAUCGAAUGUCCGAGGUGUAAUUGCCAAGCGUUUACUCGAAAGUAAACAGACAAUUCCUCAUUAUUACCUGACAAUCGACGUGAAGAUGGACGCAGCUUUAAAAAUGCGCGAACAAUUCAAUCGUAUGAUGGAAAAAGAAAAUGUCAGGGUUAGCGUUAAUGAUAUUAUUAUCAAAGCUAUGGCUAUGGCGUGUAAAAAAGUACCAGAAGGUAACAGUGCUUGGCUUGGAAAUGUUAUCCGACAAUACGACAAUGUAGACGUAAGUGUAGCUGUGAGUACAGAAUCAGGCUUAAUAACUCCAAUAGUAUUUGGUGCUGAUUGGAAAGGUAUAGCGCAAAUAAGUAAAGAUGUUAAAGCUCUUGCUGCCAAAGCGAGAGAAGGUAAACUCCAGCCACAAGAAUUUCAAGGUGGUACGAUAACAGUGUCUAAUUUAGGAAUGUUUGGUAUUAAACAAUUUUCGGCGAUUGUUAAUCCACCGCAGUCGAUUAUUCUCGCAAUAGGAACCACUGAAAACAGACUUAUACCUGCUGACAAUGAAAGAGGCUACAACUCUGCGCAAUUUAUGUCAGUAACUGCAAGUUGUGAUCACAGAACAGUCGACGGUGCUGUUGGUGCCCAAUGGCUCUCAGCGUUCAGAAGUCUCAUGGAAAACCCAAUGACCAUGUUAUUGUAAUAGCCAUAAUGAUUAAUGAUAAUUAAAA